AUGUUGCCAAACCAAACUCAACCCAACUGUUCGAUAACAUCGUCGGAUGUUAACGAAGCUGCAGUACGAUGUAUUACGGUGGAAUUCGGGUCAUUCUACGAUGCUUGUGGUCAGAAAUGCGUGUACGAUCUCGAGUUCUCAAGCUUUGGCCGGAAUAUGGAGCUUGAACACUUUGUUUAUGGGCAUGUAAGUACUAUAAAAAGUGCCUUAGAUGCAGUAGUACUAUUUUUGAUACCGUAUUAUGGUUUUUAAAAACACAUGUAGAGGUAAAAAAAGUUUUGUCGUCAAUUUGCAUUGAGUUUUAUAAUAAAAAACGACAAAACUUUAUGAUGUUUUCAUAAUACAAUUUUAAGUACUACAGCACUACUUUGAGUACUAUAUUACAACAUAAGGUAAUACAGUACUAACUUGAGUGCUAUGUUAUAACAUAAGAUACUAUAUUACUGCUUUGAGUACUAUAGUAAACUAACAUGUAUAAGUCAUGACAUUUUAAAUAUAAACCUUGUUUUAGCUCUUCCCUGUUCUAGUGCUAUUAGUAGCCAUAGCCAAUGUAAUGGUAGCACUAGUGCUGUCACAAAGACACAUGGUAACACCAACAAACGUGGUAUUAAAAUACAUGGCUGUAGCUGACUUGUGUGUCGGUAUUAUACCUUUACCAUGGAAUUUCUUCUAUCAUACGUUGAAGUAAGUUACAGAGAAUUAUACGGUGGUUAAUGAGAGUAGGAAAAGUUAUGGUUAGGAUAAGGCAAAAGUAAGACAAGAUAAGAGAAAGGCAUGAAUAAGGUAAGGUAAAGUAGAGAUAAGGCAUGGGUUGAGUAUGGCAUAGGUGAAGUAAGGCGUGAGUAGGGUAAAACAUAGGUAGGGUAAACCAAGAGUAGGGUUAGGCAAUGGUAAGGUAAGACAAGGGUAGGGUUAAGCAAGGCAAGGCAAGGCAAGGCAAGGCAAGGCAAGGCAAGGCAAGGCAAGGCAAGGCAAGGCUCAGUAAAGUAAGUCAAAGGUAGGGUAUGUAAAAAUAGGUACUAUACUAUAUGUUCCACCAGUACCACUAUACUUCAGAAACUACGAACACGAAGACCAACUGGAGCUGUGGUGGUGCUACAUGUACAAGUACUCAAUGGACGCCAUACCCCCAGUAUUCCACAACAUUGCCAUGUGGCUUACUGUACUUUUGGCCGGUCAACGUUACAUCUCCAUAUCGUAUCCAUUAAGUUCACGACAACUCUGUAGCGUGAAGAACGUGCGAAUAUGCACGGCUGUGAUCACAUUAGUAUGUGUUCUAUGUGGUCUACCAAAGAGCAUGGACCUGUAUUACGAUGUGUACGAAGGGUGGAUCUUUGAUCGGAGUGAGACAUGGGUGUAUAAACGGUAUGAGUUUAAGUUUUUUUUAGAACUUUGAAAAAUUUUAACCGUUUUUUGGCUAAAUUUUUAGUUUUUUGACAGUUUUUUGGUAUAAAAAAAAAUUUUUUUAUAAAAAAAAUAAAAAAACGUCACUAUUGAUUAUUUAUUUUUUAUGCUAUUUUUAAAAAUAAGAAUUGAUAAGAAAAAUAAUAAUUUAUAUUCUAAUGUUUUUCUGGUAAAAUACGGGUGAGGACGUUAUGUCACUAUUGAUUCUUUGUUUAAAAAUGUCGGUUUUCUACAUCAUUUUCUCAUAGCAAAUACUGUAAAAAAAACAAUCUAAAUCUAAUAAUAGCAUUUAAAAUUUAUUUUUUUUAGUUUUAUUAUGUAAAAUACGUAUGGCGGUCCAAAUACAUACAAUUAUUAAUUUUUGUUUUAAGAAAUUGGUUUUCAGCACAAUUUUAAAACACUACAAAUUUAAAAAAGCGUUUUAAAUUUGAAAAUAGAAUUUAAAAUGCACUUUUUUAACAUUUUACAACUUUUUAUAUUAUUGUUGCGGAGUGUCACUAUUGAUUAUUUACUAAAAUUUCCGUAAAAUGAAGAAAUUUCAACUUUAGGUUAGCUCACAUGAAUUUUAGCAUCUAAAAACAGAAAAAUAAACUUUUUAAUGUUUUCGUUGUGGGACCCAAAGAAUUCUUUAAAAUAUUUUUAUUUUAACUGUAUGGUAAGGUAGGGUAGAGUACAGCGAAAUAACUGUCACAAAAACAAGCUUUAUGUUAGCUUAAUAUGAUCUUUGACAUCAAAAACGCUGAAAAUUGCAUUCUUAAUGUUUUCGUGGUGGAACCCAAAGAAUCUUUUAAAAUUUUUAGGGUAGAGUAAAUUAACAAUCGCAUCAUAGUUUUUGUUUCAGAAGUUGCCUAAGCGGCCUAACGCCUCUAGUCACCUCAAUCGGCCCCACCACCUUCUUCAACCUGUACUUCAUGACUAGAGUAUUCUUCUUCAUACUACUGCCCAGCUUUUUACUGACCAUUCUGAACGCACUCCUAGUUCGAGGCAUUCGAAAUGCUCAGAAACGAAAGCAACAUCUACUGAAAGAGAAGCGAGCUCGAGAAGCACAACGCCAAACCGACUCGAACUCGACCAGUAUCAUGCUGGUUAUGGUCGUGAGCAUAUUCUUGGUCGUGAAUCUACCACAAGCUGUGUUCAUGCUCAUGGUGUGUUUAAGUAACACGCUGGGCAUUCACAACGAUCUGUUCACUGGAGUAUUUCCAGUGGCGUUCAUGUUGGUCAGCAACAUGCUGGUUAUGGUAAGUUUUGAGGGUUUCUUGUUUUGUAAAGAAAGUUAUUGCUAUUUUUUGGUUUGUAAAAAAAGUUUUUGCUAUUUUUUGGUUUGUAAAGAAAGUUCUUGCCAUUUUUUGUUUUGUAAAGAAAGUUUUUGCUAUUUUUUGUUUUGUAAAGAAAGUUCUUGCCAUUUUUUGUUUUGUAAAGAAAGUUUUUGCAAUUUUUCAAUUAAGGAAAAGAGUUAUAUUAUUUUGUAAAAUACGUGGUCUUCAAUUAAUAUUUUUUAUUUGAAAAACACAAAAAAGGCAGUUUUGAUGUUUUCGUGGUGGGACCUAAAAAGUAAAAAUUUUAGUUUUUUAUCUAAAAAUUUGUUGAAUAUGUUCUAAAAACAUACACAUUUAAAUUAAACUUCCAUUUUUAUCACUUGUAGCCAUAAAAACCCUAUGUUUUCUAUUUCAAUGUCAUUAUGGGACCCAAAAUUUUUUUAAAAAUUUGAUUUUUGACUCAAAAUCUAAAAGUUUAUAAUUAAAAAGUGUCAAAAACUUAUAAAAAUGACUAAUUUCAAUAAUUUUAGGCAACAUAUCCCAUCAAUUUCGCAAUUUAUUGUUACAUGUCGAGCAGCUUUCGUGACACUUUUCGGGUUCUGUUUUGUCGGUAAGUUUGAAAUUUUAAAAGUUUUUAAAGAUCUUAGGUAAAAGUCUGGCAUAAUUUUUAUUUUCUGUUAUCUAAAAUUUUGAAAAGGUUUAUUUUUAUAUCUAAAAUGCUAAAAAAAUUUGGUUUUAUACCUAAAAUUUUGAGAAAAUUCAUUUUUGUUACCUAAAAUCUGAAGGAAAAUUUAAAACCCCCAUUUGUUGUUAUUUAAAAUGUUGAAAAAGUUUCAUUUUAUACAAGAAAUAGGAUUUUUGUUACCUAAAACAUCAAAAAAUCAUGUCUUGUUACCUAAAAAUCUAAAAAAACUUCAUAAUCUUACCUAUAAUCCAAAUUUUAGUCACUCUCGACACUUGCGCUAUCGUUUCCCGAGCAAAUCGGGCUCAGCGGGUUCGGCCGCCUUCUCUCGACUUUCAGUUCGCCGUUCCGAUCCAAGUGUGUCAGUCCAGCUGACAAAUGGUCGAAAAGAGUCGUUGAGUACGGAUGCGGUCACGUCCAACGGCUACAGCCAGCCCCCGCCUUCUCAACAACUUACUCAUUCCGAUUCAAAGACAUUGACACAGGAUACUGUAUUUCUAUGA